CACAUCGUCCUCGCCCUCCCCAUCCUCCCUUCACGUCGCCGAUGUCGACGGCAAAGCACAACCGCGGCGCGGGUUCUGGGUCGUCCGAGAACAAGGCGCCGACCAAGCUUCCCAAGUUUUUGCAGAAGGCGCAGAGCGUCGCCAUCGCGGGGCGCGACCGCUCCAAGUCCGUCUCGCAAUUGGAGGCGCAGGCCGCCGCAUCGCCGACGCCCACCGCCUCCUCUUCGUCCUCGUCCACGAUCCCGGAGACGCCGAAGACGAGCCGCAGCUCGCGUUUCAUUCGACCCAGGACGACCCACCCCGCGCAGGACGAUAUCGGCACCGCCAGCCCGCAGCCGCGCCCUUCCUCAUCGUCGAUCACCACCGCGCCCUCGCUAUCGACGGCGAUGGACCCGACCGACUUCGACGCCGAAACUCCCGUGAUCGUCGAGCCCGCCUCGCCGCCGCCGCCGCCGCACCCGUCGCUCGCCCCGCCAUCCUCUACCGCGCAAUCGAUACCGAUCCCGCGGCCGCGCACCCGCUCUGAGCGCGUCUACCUCCCCGGCGGCUCCGUGUCCGACUCGGCCGCGCCUCCUACCACCACCCCGCACUACGCUACCAGCACGCUCGCGAGCCCCUCGCGCACCUCGGGGGGCGGCAUCACCGACCUCUCCACCAGGCUCUCCGGCUGGUUCAACCACACCUUCUCCUCCUCUACCACUGACCUCACGCUUCCCGGGAUUAUCGCGCAAUCCGUCUCGGCCUCGAACUACCACAGCAACUCACCCGCCUCUCCCACGAGCGGGCGCAAGACCAACCCGCUGCUGACGGCGGCGAAGCACGGAAAGGGUCAUCUGGAUAAGGCGAUGCGCUACCUCCUCGACUCGGACGCGACGCCGGACAGAUGCACAGACCCGAUCUGGCUGCUGGGCGUCAAGCACCCGGGCUACGAGCCCCCGCCUCCACUCCCUGCUGCGCCCUCCACGCCACCUCCCGCAGGCGGACGCCGCACGUCCGGCGACGGUCGCAGCCCCACCUUCCGCGCUACCGCGUCCACGUCCACGACCGCCUCCUCCUCCCCAUCGUCCUUCGUCUCGAUCCCUCCCCCGGUCUCGGCCUCGGGAUCCAAAGCGAAGAACGACCCGGCCGCGCUCUGGCCGCCCGUAUUUUACGCCGACUUCACCUCCCGCGUCUGGGUCACCUAUCGCUCGCAUUUUCAGCCCAUCCGGGACACGACGCUCUCGGCCCUCGAAUCCGACUUUGGCGAACAGGCGCAGAGCGCUAAUACGUCCGGGAACAGCGUCGUCAGCGGCAGUCCGAGCAGCGGGAGGCGAUGGUGGGGAGGCGAGAAGGGAUGGACGAGCGAUGCGGGCUGGGGAUGCAUGCUGAGGACGGGUCAGAGUCUGCUGGCGAACGCGUUGUUGCAUCUACAUCUCGGUCGUGACUGGCGACGCCCAUCUUAUCCUCAACCCACUGCUGCAUACGCAUCCUACGUUCAGCUCCUGACCUGGUUCUUCGACUCGCCCUCCCCGCUCUGCCCCUUCUCCGUGCAUCGCAUGGCGCUCGCGGGCAAGGAGCUCGGGAAGGAUGUCGGCCAGUGGUUCGGUCCCAGUACCGCUGCAGGUGCCAUCAAGACACUUGUACACGCGUUCCCGGGUGGUGGUCUAGGCGUUGCUGUCGCGGUGGAUGGAGUGGUCUACGAGACGGACGUUUUCUCGGCUUCGCACUCUCCAGAUUCAAGAAGGCACCAUCGGACUAGCACCUGGGGCGAUCGUGGAGUCUUGAUCCUCAUCGGGAUCAGGCUCGGCCUCGACGGCGUCAAUCCAAUAUACUACGACACCAUCAAGGAGCUUUACACAUGGCCGCAAUCCGUCGGCAUCGCAGGCGGCCGUCCUUCCUCAUCCUACUAUUUCGUUGGUUCGCAAGCCGAUUCGCUCUUCUACCUCGACCCGCAUCACGCGCGCCCAGCAAUCCCGCUUCGACCCCCACCGCCUAUGAGCCCUCCUAAUGAGCUUGCAGAGACGUCAUUCGACAGGGCAGGCACCGCCGCCCUCGGCGACGAUUCGGACCGCGACACGUCCCGCGUCGGGCGGAGCAAGAAGGACAAGGGCCACAAGCACUCGCACUCGCAUUCGCCAAGCGUGCGAGCCGCGAAGAGCCACUCUGCGUUUUACGCGCGCGCACCCGUGUCCGCCUCGCCGCUCACGCACACCUUCUCCUCGGCCUCGGGCUCCUCGGCCUCUUCCUCGUCGCACGGGCACGCGCGCUGGCGCUCGUCCGCGCCCGACUCGCCGUCGUCGUUCCUCAGCGUGAGCGAUUUAGAGCCCGUCGUAGGCGGCCCGGGGUUCGAGGAGCUCGACCCGGUCCAGCGACAUUAUGUUCAGGCAUACUCGGCGGCAGAGCUGAGGACGUUCCAUUGCGAGCGCGUGAGGAAGAUGCCCCUGAGCGGGCUGGAUCCGAGCAUGCUCAUCGGGUUCUUGUGCCGGGACGAGGAAGAGUGGCGAGAUCUGAGGGCGCGCAUCGCCAACAUGGCGAAGAAAUUCAAGCCGAUCUUCGCGGUGCAGGACGAGCCGCCGAAUUGGCCGUCGGAUUCGGACUUUGGCGUCGGACUCGAGAGCGUGUCCGAGCCGGACAUUGACCUGCCGUCGGACGACGACGAGGAGAUCGUGAAGGACAACGAGGGCGAAGGCGAGGACGAGUUCUUUGACGCGGGCGAGGCGGCGGCGGAAGCCGUCGCGCGCAGCCCGUCGACGUCACCUGACCCGGACGAGGGCAGUCGCAAGGGCGGGAGCAGGAAGGGCGUGGGCAGCGAGGUCGACACGGAGGAGGACGUGGAGGCGCCGAUCACGCCUGGCCCGAACCGAUCGUCGUUUGACCCGGCGUUCACGGCGGCGGUGAAGGUGAAUGUGAAGGGGAAGGAUCGGGCGCACGAGGGGGAGGAGCAGGGCGAUGGCGAUGAUAUCGAGGACGACUGGGUGGACCCGGUGCCGAUGACCCCUCCAGCGGCUGUUCAGGCGCCACCGAUGAGUAGCCGGACUCCGAGCGAAGCAUCGAGUGCGGGGAUGAGCGUCGAUGAAGGCGAGGAGAGGGACAAAGAUCGGGACAAACCGAAGAAGAAAAAGAAGAAGGCGAAGAAGGCGCCGCCCCCGCCUCAACCGCAGCAGUACUUCGCGUUCCCCGCGUCGGCGGAGGGCGACGAGGAGGGGGAGGAGGGCGCUGAUCCGGCUGAGGUGCCACCGAAGCGACGCGUGCCGCAGAUGCGGACGGCGAAGGCGCGCGAUGGUGGGCGCACGCAGAGCGGAGGCGUGAGGGCCAUUCCGACCGAGGACGGGGACGACUUUUGAUGCGUGGUUUGCUUUCGCUCCGACAUCGGGCAUCCCUGGUACGGAACCCAACGUUUGCACAUGCACUUCCAUUUUAUUGGUGGCACAUGCGCCUCGAACAGUGACCGACCCCCCGCAAUUUUUCGAUCUCUACUUCCCGUGGCAGUCCUUGAACAUAAGUGUACGUUAUUUGACUCGGAUUUGUGUUGUUGUACGUAGCCUGCGUUGGUACAUAGCCCUCGUGGACAAUAGAGAUACCCAGCCUUUUGAAGUUG